AUGGUUGAGUUCGAAGAGAGCACCGACGUCAAAGGACUUGGGGGAAGAGAAUACUCCUCUCAGGAAAUGGAAGUUUGGAACAGGAAAUGGAAGCUUGGAACAGGUAAGUCAAUACAGUCGAAGGACGAAGGACACUUGGAAGCAAGGGAUUCAACACGCUCGCUGGUGCAGGUGGAAGACAGCAUACGGGCGGAUGAAAAACAACUGGUAGUGUACACACCUUCGAGCUGGGAGGUAGAAGAGAAUAUACGUGAAUCAGAUGAUUAUUCGCAUUCCCAGUUUCCACACUCGUGGAUGGAGGCCGACAAAGAGCUACAGCAGAUGGUUGAGGCUUCACCGGUUAUGUUGCCAUCGGAACCACAGGAGGGUAGUUACAGAGAGUUAGCCAACACAAUGGAAUUACCGCGGACGCCAGUGAAGAAGUCUGUAGAUCAGCUGUUAGACAAAGCGUUAGAAGCAUAUGAGUUGGAAUUAGCGGGUCUCGACCCGUUCGUGGAGAUGCCGCACUUGCACGUGGACUGCCAGGAAGGGCCUGAGGGUACGGGUGAGAAAGUAGCAGCUUUUCAACAUUCAUUAGAGGCUCCUGAUACCAUACACACGGAGGAUAUACAGCCCAAAUCGUGGCCAAACGCUAAACAAGCGGCUCCAGACGUCCGGUACACUAUUUCGGAAGAUAUCACCACCGAUGCACUCAUACACAACAGGAAGCGCCCAAGGAAGACGCCUUUAAAAUUGCAUCCUGCAACGGAAGAGACCAUGCUUACUAUUUGGGGAAGCUACACCUCAGCUGCGUGGGAAAGGAGGUUCCUCCCCCAGCAACACUGGCGGUAUUAUGGGUGUGGCAUGAAGGCUUUUUACACGUCCAAGCCGACCGUAUACGAGCAAUUGUGCAGGACAAAUGCGGCUGGAACAUUCCAGCGGAUGUGA